AUGGACUACACUGUGCCUGCCAAAUACGACAACACCAUUGACCGUAUCUUUGAUCCUGCCAACGUUCAAGUUAACGAAGACGAUGGAGGCGUUCAUCUGACAGUGCGAAAACAAGAUAGCGGCAAUUACACAUCCGCAUCAUUCGGUACAAAAAGACAAGAUAUCUUGUAUGGCACCUUCAGAGCGAAUAUGAAGACCUCGUCCGAGCCGGGCACCGUGGCAGCCUUCUUCUUCUUCAGAAACAACACUUGCGAAAUUGAUAUGGAAUCACUAAGUAGGAUUCAAAACCCAUGGAAAACGUACUUUUCCGUACAGCCACAAGUCUACAAUCCAGACGGAUCCGCAUCCAACGUGACCAACGAUAAGCAUGUGCUACUUUUUGACCCAACUUCGGCUUUCCAUGAAUAUCGGUUUGACUGGACUCCUGAAGCUGUUACAUACUUUUUGGACGGUCAGGAAGCAAACCAAUUCAACCAAAAUAUUCCUGACGCCCCGGGUCGUGUCAUUGUUAAUCAUUGGACCGAUGGCAAUCCCAAUUAUAGUGGUGCACCUCCAACUCAGGAUGCUACCCUUCAAUUGGCAAAUUUUACUAUUUUUUUCAAUUCAUCGGAAGCUUCUGACACGCCACCCUGUCAACGCUCAUCCAAGCCAUGUUCCAUUGCAGGUAAAGUGACCCACCCACUUAUCUGUCUUUUUCUGCUAUGA